UGGGAAAGGCAGUGGGGCGGGCCCGGGGGCGGGCGCCCCGCGCUCUGGUCCUUCUGCGGGCCCAGUCUCCGUUACUCGCUCUGCGGACCCAAGUUGCCCUCGGCGCUGAGCCGCGAGAUGUUCUUCAGAGCUGCCUGGAGCUUGGUGCGGAGGAAAACAGGACCUGGGAUGCGGGGGACCCACGGCCCAGGAAGCGCCGCCCACCGCGAGGGGAAGAUGCCGCCCUACACCAACUACCAUGCCCAGCGCUCCUACCCCAUGCCCGAUGAGCCCUUCUGCACAGAGCUCAACGCUGAGCAGCGGGCCCUGAAGGAGAAGGAGAAGGGCAGCUGGACCCAGCUGAGCCACGCCGAGAAGGUGGCCUUGUACCGCCUUCAGUUCCAUGAGACCUUCGCAGAGAUGAACCGUCGCUCCAACGAGUGGAAGACAGUGAUGGGCUGUGUUUUCUUCUUUUUUGGAUUCACAGCUCUGAUGAUUUGGUGGCAGCGGGUCUAUGUGUUUCCAAAGAAGCCCAUCACCCUGACGGAUGAGUGGAAGGCCCAACAGCUCCAGCGUAUCCUGGAUAUGAAGGGCAACCCCGUGCAAGGCCUGGCCUCCCAGUGGGACUAUGAGAAGAAGGAGUGGAAGAAGUGAUGCGGCAUCCAGGCUGACCUCCCUGCAGCUCCACUCCGGCCUAGAGCCUGUGGAGGGCCCUUUCCUCUCCUUAAUGCCAAUAAAGCAGGCCUGUUCUCUUCUG